CUCGUCUGAUGUGCUCCCGCAUGCAAUGACGAGCGGGGUGCUGUGUAUCUUUUGUGCGCCUGCAAUCGGGACGCUAGUUUCGAGUUUUGCGAUUCCAGUUCUGGGAUGGCGGUUCUCGAUGUGGGAGAUAUUGAUUGUUGCUGCGCCGAUUUUGGUCCUUCUCUUGUUAUUCUCGCCCGAAACGAGUCCAGAGACGAUACUUUAUCGACGCGCGAGAAGAUUAGAAUAAUUGAAUAGGGACAACAACGACAACGACAACGACAAUAAAUACAGAACAUCAGCCGAAAUCGCGCAGGAAGGCAUCUCUUUCCACAGAGUCAUGCGCGAAUCCCUUCUCGUCCUCUCAAUAAUCACCUUUCUUGACCCGGCAAUCCUGUUCCUCAACUGCUACACCUCCCUCACAUACGGGAUCUACUAUUCCUUCUUCGAGGCAUUUCCCAUCGUCUACCAGGGGAUGUAUGGAUUCAACCUCGGACAAAUGGGAGCCGCCUUCCUCGCCAUCGUGGUGGGAACAAUCAUCUCCUUCGUGAUAUACAACAUCUACAUCCACAAAACCCACGUCCCGAGAUCCCGAUCCCAAAAAACUCCCACCAAACCCGAAACCGUACUAAUCCCCGCGCUCUUCGCCUGCUCUGGCCCCUCCAUCGGACUAUUCCUCUUCGGCUGGACCGCAUGCCCAGGGAUCCACUGGAUCAUGCUCACGAUAGGGAUCGUCAUCUACCCAGCCUGCGUGCUCAUCCUGAUGCAGUGCGUGUUUCUGUACAUCCCGGGUUGUUAUCCGCAGUAUGCGGCGAGUGUGUUUGCGGCGACAGACUUUACGCGGAGUGCGUUUGCGUGCGGUGCUGUUAUCUUUUUGCGGCCGCUUUAUUUGAAUCUGGGGGUUGGGAGGGGAUGUAGUCUUUUGGCGGGGUUAACGAUUGGGUGUGUUUUGGGGAUUUAUUUGUUGUUUCAUUAUGGGGAGGCGUUGGGGAGGAGGUCGAGGUUUGUUGCUAAGUGGUGAUUUUUUGACUACAAUGAGGAUAGAAAGUAUAGAUAUAGACAGAGAGCGUUUUCAUAUAGAAUAUGAACUUUUGUUGAUAGACUGAACGAA